AUGAAUUUUGACCAGAAAGCUGUGAAAUUCCUGGCGAAUUUUUACAUCAGUGGAGGCCAGCACUGGACUCAUGGUUCCCUGAGGCAGAGGCCACUUGUGCCAGCCCGGCCCAAGGCUACUGUGUUCUUGUGGGGCCCCCAGCCAGGGGCCUCCGGGGAGAUGUGGCCCCCGGGAGUGCAGGAGCUCCAGGCUGGCCUCAGGAUGGAACCGGGCUUCCUCCGGGAGCACCCGCCUAUCUGCGCCCAGAACCGCAGGGAGCUGUGGCUGGAACGACGUCCACCCAUCGUGACCGACCUGCAAACCCCCGGCCCCGCCAAGUACCCGGUGCCGGACGCUUCCGUGCGCGAGUCCUCCCCGCAUCCCCACUUCAGCAUCGGCCGCAGAUGCCGCACCCGCGAGGGCGGUGGCCGCAGGGCGUGGCAGACCUUGUGGUUCCAGAGCGAAAGCCCCUUCACGCAGAAGGCCGACUUUAACCAAGAGCAGAAGUGGCCAUCACCCGCGGACUACCAGCCGCUCAGCCCGCCUGCCUUCCCGGCCUUCAGCUGUGGGGGCCGCCGCCCCUCUUCCAAGACAGUUGACGCCCCCGCCCGCCCUGGGCAGCCGCGGGCCGGGGGUGCGGGUCACCGUCCCCAGCCGCAGCUUCAGGGCCCUCCACAGGCCCCGCCGGACGAGAAGCUUCCCGGCCCGAACACCUACGACGUCUUUCCUGGGUGCCGCCUGCAGAACCCGCGCCCGCCCGCCUUCUCCACGAGCCGCUCCCCGGCGUUCGCCUCCUGGCUCAGUUCCUCCCGCAGUCCCGGCCCAGCGGCCCACCACGUGGAGGGUUGCUCUAACUCGCGCUUCCCGGCUGCGCCGGGAGUGGUGAUCCAGGGGGUCCGAAGACCCAAGCGCCAUGACACGGGACCCUUCUGCACUCUGUAGCGCCGCCUCCGCACAGCCGGCCACCCGCUUAUUCCCAGAACCCUGCUUUCCUUGGGGGCCUUCCCAGGGCUGCCUGGAACUGAGGGCCUCCAGCUCGGCCUUUUGACUCUGUGGGUGUCUCUGACCCCCCUCCUGGCCGGCCAACCCCUCUGUGAGCUGCGGACAUUGAGAACGGUCCAGCCCAAAGCCCAUCUACCCCCCUCCCCCAACCAAUACAGAGAUGCUGAAGGUUC